GCAAUCUGAAAAAGGGGAAGGGAAACUACAUUUUAUCUGAUUCAGCCAAAACUAACUGCUCUCUCCCUUCAUCCUUCCACUUCCUUUAUCUGUGGGGCCGAAAAGAAACAUUUCUUCCUUCCCAAAGAACUUGGUGGAGGGCUCUUUCAAAGCGGCAAAAUGAGGAGCAGAGUUUGGCUGGCCACUUGUUUGCUGGCCCUGAUCCUGGAUGUUACAGCCCCUCAGGGAAGCAUAUGCCAAGCACCUAAUGGCAGAGAUGGACAUCCUGGGGCUCCUGGCCGAGAUGGACGACCAGGACAGAAAGGAGAUAUCGGCGAGCCAGGAAUGGCUGGAAGGAGCACCGGGGUGCAGGGACCCAAAGGUGAUCCUGGGGAGCCUGGCUCACCAGGCAAGCCAGGGAACCAGGGAUACCGAGGCCCAGAUGGUCCAAUGGGUCCUCCCGGCGAAGCAGGAAGCAAAGGAAUCAAGGGACAAGUUAGCAACAUUGUGGAGCAGCCCCGAGCUGCCUUUUCGGCUGUCCGUAGCAACCCAGACCCAACCCCGAAUGUCAACGCUGUGGUCUUUAACAACGUCAUCACCAACCAAGACAACCGCUACAGUGCACAGACAGGGGAGUUCACCUGCAAAGACCCAGGAUACUACUACUUUACCUUCCAGGUGGUUUCCAGUGGCAACUUGUGCCUCCGCCUCGUGCACAAAGGGAACGUCGUGGCUACAUUCUGUGAUGAAAACAGCCAAAGGAUCCAUCAAGUCAACUCAGGGGGCAGCGUCCUGAAGCUGGCGGAGGGGGAACGGGUUUGGCUGGAGCGUGACCCCAAAGACGGGAGCAACAACAUUUACGAUGGUCCUAAUGCUGACAGCGUCUUUAGUGGCUUCUUGUUGUUCCCGUCGGGGGCAUGAGAUGUAGCAGAGUAUAAAAUAUCUCCUUUCCAAAGCUCCUUUGCACCUGGUGCUCUAUACUAUGCUAUGCCCACUAAGACUCUUGUGCCAGAGCAAUGUGCAUCUGGGCAAAACCCUCCCCCUGUAUGAUGCUUGUGCCAGUCCUUCCUUCUAUGUACCUCCUCAUUUGGUGCCAAAUAAAUAUUCUGAACUUUG